AUCGCUGUGGAAUAUUUUGCAACACUAAUUUACUAGCUAUGUACAGUUUGAAAUUUACCGGUUCACUUUAUUAGCGUCUCCUCCACUUGUUAACAAAUAAGAAUUAAAAAUAAUCGAUAAUCGAGAUCGCCAAAGAAGCCAUGGUCUUCGUCGAGCACAAGACUAAGAUCCUGGAGCUGACGAGCAAUCACGUGGAUCGCCUGCAUCAACUAUGGUCGCACAUAUUCGAGGAGAAGACCUGUGAGGAUUUCCUCAUCCGACUGAAGGAACACGCCGAUAGCUUCUACACGGAUCUGCUGAACGAGUCCCGGGAGAAGCAAGAAUGUGUCCAGAAAGAGAUUCACAACUUGCGGACGGAAGCCAGCAACCUAACACGUCUGCUCCACGAGCCGAUGGACGUUGGUGAUCGUCCGGCGGGCAUGCCUCUGGUUGUGUGGCAACUAAAGCUGGAUGAGAGCAUCGAACACCUACGCGAGGGCGUGGCAAAGCGUCGGGCGGAGAUCUCUGAUCUGUUGCAGAAGCAGGAGCAGUUGUGCCAAGAGCUGGGCGAGCAAGCGAUUCCCCUGCUGGACGAUCCGCUGGCCACGCCUCAGGAAAUGAGCUAUUUUCGGGAGCACCUCGAUCAGCUGCGCGAACAGCGAACGCGACGAGUCGAGGAGAUAAAGCAACUGCGCCAUGGCAUCAAACUUGACAUGAAGCUGCUGGGGUGCCUGCCGCAGACGGAGGAGGAGGAGCGCCUGCUCAACCAGAUCAAUCCCAAUCUGACCGCCGAAACCUUCAAAAGCCUACAUCGCAUGCAAAAGGAGUUCGCCGACCAGGUGCAGGAGCUGCGUGACCAGAUCGACGACAUGCGGGGAAAGAUCCAGGUGCUGUGGGAGCGCCUCCAGGAUACCGACGAAUACGCCCAACGGCGGGUGAGGGAAUCGACAGCCUACAACCAGCACACCUACGACGUGCUUCGGGAGGAGCUGCAGCGCUGCCAAGCCCUCCGCCGACAGAAUCUGAGUAUCUUUGUCGAUCGCCUGCGGGUGGAAAUCAAGGAGAUGUGGGAUCUGACUCUCAAAAGUCCCGCGGAAUGCAAACGCUUCACUAGCUAUUACAACAAAAACCUCACCGAAGAGGAUCUGGAGCUGCACGAGCUGGAACUGGAGCAGUUGAAGAAGCUGUAUGACGAAAACAAGAAAAUAUACGAGAUGUACAGCAGCCGUACUGAGAUGUUUGCCCGCAUGAUAGUUCUGGAGACCAAAGCUAAUGAUCCGAACAGGUUCAACAACCGCGGCGGGCAACUCCUCAAGGAGCAGAAGGAGCGCAAAGCCAUCACGGCCAAGCUACCAAAGCUAGAGCAACAGAUAGUAGAGCUAGUGCAGGAGUACGUGAGACAUGCCAAAUCCCCUUUCCUGGUGAACGGGGUCAGUAUUCUGGAGCAGAUGGCCGCAGACUGGGAGAAUCUCCGCCAGCCCAAGCAGCCGCCGACCUCCGGCAAGAAAGAUCCUGGCCAUAAAAUGAUGCCGCCUUCGGCGCCUCUAACGCCAAAGGCUCUCAAAGGCAAGCCGGGCGUCUACGGGUCCACAUCAUCGCUGAAGAAGACGCCAUCGAAGAUGAAGUUGCCCAGUGCUGCCAAGAGCACGGGCAAUCUACAGAAGCGGCGCCAUCCCAACACCACCAACAACAACAUUGAAAACACAAACGAACCAUCGGCGGCAGCUGCCAAAAGAAACUUAAUUGCGUCCCUGGAGUGUAACAAUGCUGUCCUGGGAACAAAUACCCAGCGGAAAAUGCACAAGUCGCCGCAGAAGAAGGUACGCGUCCUGGACUACUCCUUGCGUCGCGAUAAAAUCAAUGGAAGACCCAGCAACGGUGGCAGAAUCACGCACAGAAACCGUCCAAUCCCACAAGUGCGCGUCCAGCCACCGUCCAGCGAGGACAAUCGAAGCGACGACAGUGAGGGCAUUGUGGAUCUGAUGUCGCCGUAGAAGUACCACCAAUUACCCAUAUGAUAUGUACACAACCCGAUGCAAUAGUGUCAGCUGCUGAUCUGUGUUCUACUUUUACCUUAAUCCACAAGUUUACGAUUUUAGGGACAAUUGAUAUUUCUAGUUCAUAUGUAUAUGUAGGUGCCAUUUUAUGUAUUUUCAAUAAUUUAGCUAAAAAGCAAAAUAUACUUUAAUUUGCAAUAUUUUAA